AUGGGGUUCAAAAAGUACUGGAGCGUGCACUUGUCACCUUGUGUAACCCAGUAUGACCUUGAUGGCGAUUGCAGAAGGGAUCAUCGGUACAAAGAGCCUAGUCUGCAUCACCUGUACAGCCGUUCUGAUAACUAUAACCAUCCAACCCCCCAAGUAGACCAAGGUGAAAGUAACAAUGUAUUUGUCCUCCCAAUAGCCUUCCCCAACAUCCCCCCUUCCCUCUCAGCAUCUCAAACUCUUUACAAGGUUUCUUUGGGGGACCGCCGCAACUACAACCUGACAUGGGAGACGGGCAUGCUAAUUCCUUUGCCACGCCAUAAUUCUGCAGAACCAUGUGUGGCUCUUGCCAGUCGCCGUCUGCCGGAGAUCUUUUCAACCAAUGGACUGUUUGAGCUCGUGAUCGAACCCAAUGAAACAGUCUCAGUUUGUGAUCCUCAAACACCUGAGGGAAUUGAGCUGCUGCUCCUGCGUGAGGCUCUGUCUCAUAGUUUUUACGGGGACUACCUGUCUGAGACCUGCUUGGACAACGACGGAUCGGGGCAGGUCGAGAUGACGAUAUGGUAUGUCAAGAAGAGGUCUUUUAAAUGUCCUCCUUAUAUCCGUUUCCAAGGGACUUCUGAUGCGCAAAUCAUUCGUAUGAUUUUGGGUGACUUCGUAUGA